GCAUUCUCUCCCCAUUCAUGCAACAACACUCCUGCAGCGUGUUAAUAUCUGCUAUCUGUGUUUAUGAUCAUUCUGUCUGAUCAUCAGAGACCUACAAGAGACCUACUGGUGUGUUCAGACUGUGUAUUCUGUGGUUCACACACAGGACAGAGUGAGCACCGCUGAUAAUACAGGAGCAACAGAAAGAGGACGAGUGAACAUACAGUGAGUGCAGGUGAACAGCUACAAUCUGCACCACGUGUCGUCAACAUGGAGGAGGACGAACAGAAACAAGACUUUCUCUAUUGUGAGGAGUGUCAGUCAUUUUUCACUGGUGAAUGUGACGUUCAUGGUGCUCCAUUGUUCAUUCCUGACACUCUUGUGCCAGUGGGGGCUGCAGACCGGGCCAGACUAACCCUUCCUGUUGGACUGGAGGUUCUCACAUCCAACAUUCCCAAUGCAGGACUCGGGGUGUUUAACCAGGGAGAGAUUCUUCCAAUCGGAGCACAUUUUGGCCCUUAUGAAGCAGAAGAAAGCAAAAUGGAGGAAGCUGUCAGCAGUGGAUACUCAUUUGUGAUAUACAAGAGAAAACACUUGAAUGAAUAUAUAGAUGCAAGAAGAGAAACACACUCGAACUGGAUGAGAUAUGUAAAUUGUGCUCGCCGUGAAGAGGAACAAAAUCUGGUGGCAUUUCAGUAUAAAGAAGCGAUUCUGUACAGAUGUUGCCGGCCAAUCAAAACUGGAGAAGAAUUGCUAGUCUGGUAUGGAGAGGAGUAUGCCAGAGAUUUAGACGUCACUUUUGACCAUCUAUGGAACACUAAAUGCUUUGACAGAGAGAACGGUUCCUGUCCAGGGUUUUCCUGCUCUGUGUGUUCAUUGUCAUACACGGAUCAAACCUAUCUCCACAAACAUAUGAGAAGAUGCCAUCCUGAGGAGUGUGACAAACUGCUGACAUUUGUAGAGAUAAAGAAUGAGGACAUACUUAAAACGACUUUGAAAACAGAACAUGAUCAUGUGUUAUCUGAUAAUCUCUGCUCUACCAAUCCAGACGAACUAAAACAUAGAAAAGAAGGCAAGAAGAAAACUCAUCAUUGUGCAGAUUGCGGAAAGAAUUUCUCUUGGUUAAGUCAUCUUAUUGCACACAAGAGCACACACACAGGAGAGAAGCCUCAUCACUGCCCACAGUGUGGGAAGAAUUUCUCUCGGUUAGGUGAUCUCCGUAAACAUCAGCGUAUACACACAGGAGAGAAGCCGUAUUACUGCAGACAGUGCGGCAAGAGUUUCUCUUGGGUAGGUGAUCUCCGUGUACAUGAGCGUAUACACACAGGAGAGAAGCCGUAUCACUGCACACAGUGUGGGAUGUGUUUCUCACGGUCAAGUAUUCUUAGUGAACACCAGCAAAUACACACAGGAGAGAAGCCUUAUCACUGCUCACAGUGUGGGAAGAGUUUCUCUCGGUCAAGAAUUCUAAGUGAACACCAGCGAAUACACACAGGAGAGAAGCCAUAUCACUGCACACAGUGUGGGAAGAGUUUCUCUCGGUUACGUGAUCUCCGUGUACAUCAGCGUAUACACACAGGAGAGAAGUCGUAUUACUGCUCACAGUGUGGCAAGAGUUUUUCUCAUUCAAGUAAUCUCAGUAAACACCAGCGAAUGCACUCAAGAGGGAAGCCGUAUCUCUGCUCACAGUGUGGUAAAAGUUUCUCUCAUUUGGUUAAUCUUAGUAGACACCAACAAACGCACACAGUAGAUAAGCUGUAUCCUUGCUCACAUUGUGGGAAGAGUUUCUCUCGGUCAAGUCUUCUUAGUAAACACCAGUGCAUACACACAGGAGAAAAGCCUCAUCAGUGCACACAGUGUAUGAAGAGUUUCUCUCGGUCAAACAAUCUUAAAAGACAUCUGGACUCACACACAGGAGAAAAGCCUCAUCACUGCACACAGUGUGGUAAGAGUUUCUCUCGGUCAAGCAAUCUUAAAAGACAUCUGGACUCACACACAGGAGAGAAGCCAUAUCACUGCUCACAGUGUGGGAAGAGUUUCUCUCGGUCAAGUCACCUUAGUAGACACCAGCAAACACACACAUAGGAGAAGCCAUAUCACUGCACACAGUGUGGAAAGAACGUCUCUCUGUCAAGUCACCUUAGUAGACACCAGAAAACACACACAGGAGUGAACCUCUAUUACUGUGUACCAUGUGGAAAGAGUUUUAAAAGGAUUAUUGGCCUUCAAAGACGUGCUGAAAAAGCAGUGGAGCAGUAUAGAAGGAUAGACUGGAUCAAGCUCUGAUACAGCAGCAACAGGAGAUGCGGGGCAACAUGGUCUUUUUAGCUUGUUAAUGGCUUACAGUCUUUGAUGGCUCCUUUUCUGAAUGUCUGGUCAAAAGUGAGUUGAGUUACCAAGGUAUUUAAAAUUAUUGACGAUUUCAAUUGUUUGGUUAUUGAUGAGCAUAGGGUGCUGAAGUGAGGGAGGAAUAAUUGUUAUUUCUUUUGUUUUGAUGAUAUUGAGAUGGAGAUGGGUAUCCCCACACCACUGAAUUACGUAUGGAAUGGUGAUGUGGUAAUCAAGAACAGAAUUAUCGUCUGUCAGCAAAGCGAGGAUAGCUUAUUGUCAGAGUAUUUGAGGAAUGUAGUGGAAGGUGAUGGACUAGUGGAGUCAUUAGUAUAUAAGAUGUAAAGAAAUGGGCUUCAUACAUAACCUUGCGGUGCUCAGUAUUGUUUGUAAUUACUGAUGAUGUGGCCAUUUGUACAACUUGCCACCUGUCACCGUUACUCGUUCUGUGGGAAAUAACGCGUCAUUUUAAGCAGAAGGGAAGUUGGAUCAGGUCUAUUUAAAAAAAUAAACGAUUACAUUUGCACAGCAUGAAUGCUUUUGAAUGACGCGUUGAGCUGGUACGAUGAACCCACACACCUCUACGAUCACUCUCUACACGUGUGCAGAGGCUAUUUGCAUACGUCAUAUAAUCCCUGCCUGCAGAAACUAAGGGGUGUUGGAUUGUUCGAAAACACUAUACUGUCUUUCAACGCAAGCUUCGUUGUAUCCCAAAAUGCAGAACGAAAGCGCCAUUCACCAAGAUGACACUGUAGGCUAUAUAUCAAAAAAUGUGACUCCUCACAACUUUUUUCUUCUCUUUAUAGGUUUUUGAGAAUAAACAAGUGAAUGUUGACAUUCUC